AUGGCAGCCAGAUCCCCGCCUCCGUCUACUCCCACACCAAAGCACAUCACUGAUCCCGAUUCCUACAGGGAACCAGUUACACGAGACGUGGACAAAGCUGGCUAUGGCGCCGCGGCCGACAAGAACUCAAAUCGCACCUCGUCCUAUUUCCCUCAACAACCACCUCAAGCCUCCUACUCCUCCUCUUCUCCCCACAAUCCUCCUGCUUCCGGCGUCUCUACCUAUCCCACUCACCAUAACGCCGCUCCUCUGCGAUAUGACGGGGACCAAGAAACCCAAUACAACACUCUAGCCAACUCCCAACCCGUCGACCAACAGACGCAUCACUUUCCACAAGAGGGUGACGGUGCAUACUACGAUACCCCGAACACUGUUUUGAAUUACGACAACAACAAGAACAACAACAAUCUGGCCGUGCCCUCCGCUACCUCCCACGGCAAGUUUAAAGAGGAAUGGGAUGCAAGUCAGAGAGGAAGCAGUAUCAUUGACGGUUCCAACAUGCCGCGGUCCAACUCGUUCGUCUCCAAUAAUGGGGACGACCACCUGAGUCUUCCCUCACGCCACAAUACACUCAAGAAGAAGAACUCGCUGCGCAGAAACGGUAGUUUGAAGCGCAGCAGCAGUCGACGGAGCAUGAAGGCUGGCAGCGUUCGCAGCCUGACUCUGCAGUCCUCCAACGACCCCGAUGAGGUGCACAGCGCUUUCUAUUGCCCUGUUCCAACAUCUGGAAACCCAACCGAGGCCCUGGCCAAUCGAUUUCAGUCUUGGCGCAAGAUUCUCAAGGACCUCAUAGCAUACUAUCGCGAGAUUCAGACGCAUUAUGAGCACAAGUCCAAGUCGUUGGUGAAGCUGGCCAACGUUGCCAACAAUAUUUCCAGCCCUCCUGGUUUCCUUGACUCGGGAGGUAUCGAUGAUGCGCUGCAAAUAUUGCGUGCUUACCACAAGGGCGCAAUCCUGGAGUCAAAUAAGGCCAAGGAGAUUGAAGAGGACGUCAUCCUAGCCCUCACUGGGCUGAGAAACGACCUCCACCAGAAGAUCAAAGAGAUCAAGAACCUCUCGGGCGAUUUCAAGAAUUCCGUAGAAAAGGAAAUGGACAGUACCCGACGGGCUGUCAAGGCUCUGCACGAUACCCUGGGUCAGACCGACCUCGACCCUUCGCUGACGACUGGGAAGCAAGAUCCUUACCUCUUGCGGCUUGCGGUGGAUCGACAAGUUGAGCGCCAAAUCGACGAGGAGAACUACCUGCAUCAGGCUUACCUGAACUUGGAGAACUCCGGCCGGGAGCUCGAAGCCAUAGUGGUUGGCGAGAUUCAGAAGGCUUACAAUGCCUACGCCGGUAUCCUCAAACGCGAGUCUGAUGCUGCAUACAGUGCCAUUGAAGAGCUCCGCGUUGGCCCCAUUUCCAUGCCCAAGGACUUUGAGUGGUCGCAUUUCGUUCAAAAGGACGACCAAUUCGUGGACCCCAAUAUCCCAAUACGUUCUGCCGAACACAUCCACUAUCCUGGCCGGGAGCACGUUGGGUGCCAGGAGAUUCGUGCCGGAUUACUCGAGCGCAAGAGCAAAUAUCUCAAAAGCUACACAGCUGGCUGGUAUGUACUUUCAUCGACUCAUCUUCAUGAAUUCAAAUCCGCGGACAAGGGUCAAGCACCCGUCAUGUCUUUAUAUCUUCCAGAGCAAAAAUUAGGUUCGCAUUCCAGCGAGGGAGGAUCAUCCAAUAAGUUUAUCCUCAAGGGUCGCCAGACAGGAUCAAUGCAUCGCGGACACACUUGGGUCUUCCGCGCCGAAAGCCAUGAUACAAUGAUGGCCUGGUACGAGGAUAUCAAGGUUCUCACCGAGAGGUCGCCGCAAGAGAGGAGCGAUUUUGUUCGCGGCCACGUUCGAAGUCUGAGCCAGUCUUCGCAACGCUCCACUAGCAGCGAUGGCGUUCUCGAAGAUGACGACGACGACGAGCCGUACUCGGCCGACACAGCGGUCGCAGCCAGCACGAGCCCGAGACAAGAUGUCCGCCGUCCCGAAGCAGGUGGGCGUUUCCCAUCCGACAUCCAGGUCAACGCACAGCGAGGCUUACAGGCACCUCUUUCACCAUCUAGUGUAAGCUCCGGAUUUGAUACCUCUGACCGUGACGCCGCUGCGCAAGCACAUGCUUUACCAGGCAGCAUGCUCGGCGCCUAUCACGCGCCAAACGAGCAUCCGACAGGGUAUGGCGGCACAGACCGUACUCCAAUGGAAGAAAUGCCCUCCCAUGCCGCCGAGUUGUCCCAACAAGCUCAGGAGGAUGGAGUGAACCCUUACACUAGCGAAACUAUUCGCCGGUCACAAUCCGCUAGCCGUGGACACCAGGAAGCGUACGUGCCUGCAGAUGGGUUGCAGCGAGCACAGAGUCAACAGGGCAUUGUGAGCAAUCCAGCGGAUGAGCUUAGACCUGUGUCCAAUAUUGGCUAUGAUCGUGGCCUCGAAACACCGGGCGGUAACAGUCAGUAUGGGCAAUGGAUGAAUGGCAACGGAAAACGCUCCCCGGGCCUUUCCAACAACGACAUUGACCAGCAAGAGACGAGCGAAUACUACGCGUCAGGUGAACGAAGUGGAGAUCAGGUCAAUGUGAUUCCCAUUGGUGUUGGCAUGGCAAACGGUCAUGCGCAGAGCAAUGAGAGUGGCCAAAACAGAUCAUCUGGUGCUAACAAAGCUUCGACGCCUCUGAGCCAGGAUGUGCCUCGUCAACAGCAACAGUUGCCUGUCAUUCGGCCUACUUCUGGCACUUUCAGAACCGACAGCGUACCCACGAUUUCCAACUUGCAUAUUCCAGGCGAAUACCCCAAGGGCACUCCUGGAGUUGAAGCACGACGUUGA